AUGGUCCACUCUAGCCCCCCCUUCCGUGCCGAACACCUUGGCUCCCUCCUCAGGCCCGCUACCCUCCUCGAAGCCCGCGCCAACCAAGAGGCUGGCAAAAUCACUGCUGCCGAGUUGAGCCAGGUGGAGGAUGAAGCCGUGAAGGCUACCGUCGACAUGCAGAAGGAGCUCGGGUUCAGCCCCGUCACUGACGGAGAGUACAGGCGAGGUGUCUUCUGGGGAUCCUUCUUCCAGGAGCUCGAGGGCAUGACUGAGGUCCAGAACCCUCCUCUCGACAUCUUUAGGACCUAUGUUCCCGACAUUGCCGGUUUCCUCGAGAAGGGCGACAGGCCCGGACAGAGCUGUCUCUGUACUGGCAAGAUCAAGCACACCGGCAAGAGCACACUCAUCGACGAGUUUUCUUUCACCAAAAGUCAGGUGCCUGCUGAGCGGGCAGGCGAUGUCAAGCUCACAAUGAUCAGCCCGGUCUGGUACCACCUUCGGUACAGAGAAGGAAAGGCCUACCCUGCCGACGUCUACGCCAAUGACGAGGAGUACUUUGCCGACAUCGCCAAGGCUUAUCGAGCUGAGCUCGACAUCUUGUACGAGGCUGGUGUCAGGAACGUGCAGAUCGACGACCCCAACUUUGCUUACUUUUGCUCCGAGAAGAUGAUUGAAGGCUGGAACGCGGACAAGACCAACAAGCGCACCCUUGAUGAGCUCCUUGAUGUGUACAUCAAGUGCUACAACGACGCCAUCGGACAGCACAAGGACAAGAUCCACUUUGGCCUUCACAUCUGCCGAGGCAACUUCCGUGGUUCCAGACAUUUCUCCGAAGGUGGUUACGACCUCAUCGCCACCAAGCUCUUCAAGGAGCUCGACGUCUCCACCUACUACCUCGAGUACGACACCCCCCGUGCCGGCUCUUUCGCUCCCCUCGCCCACCUCCCCGCCGACAAGAAUGUCAUUCUCGGUGUCAUCACUUCGAAAUUCCCCGAGCUCGAGGACAAGGAGGAGAUGAAGAACAGGGUGUUUGAGGCUGCGGAUGUGAUGGCGAAGGGUGUGGGACAGACGAGGGAGCAGGCAUUGGAGAGGGUCGGCGUGAGCCCGCAGUGUGGAUUUGCGAGCCACGAGGAGGGUAAUGCCAUUAAGUGGCAGGAUAUGAAGAACAAGUUGCAGCUUGUUAGGGAAGUCGCCGACUCCAUCUGGCCCGGUCAGGCUUAG